CGCCGAACAACUGCGUCAUGGGCCGAGCGAUUUCGUCGACGGUGAUCAUGACGGCGCGCGGUAUUCGAGACUGUAUAUAAAUCGCUACUCUGAUGUUCCCCUACCUCAUCAACAUCAUCGAUUCCCCCGACUAACAUGUACCCCUACUAUCACCGCCACUAUUUCCGCGGUCCAUCCCGUAUCGUCUGGUUCGUCCUCGGCGCAGGUGUUGCUACUUUCUGGAAUUGCAGUCACAAGAUGCGCGAACAUCGUGCACAGUACUUUCCUUGCGUCAUGCAACCACAUCGUGUAGAAGGGAGCGGCGAAAACACCACCCCUAUCUACUCCAAGCCCGACGCUUCCGGGCCAGCACCCCAGGAACAUAGGUGGAACUUUAUCUAUAAGAGACAGCAUGACCACAAUGGUGAUGGAACCAUGGGUUUUAAUCAACGGGAAUGGGAGGAGGACAAGGAACGCCUCAAGGAGAUUCAGAAGCGCGCCGAGGAUGCGAUGCUCGAUAUGUCUGAAUCCACUUUAGAGUCCAUCGUCUCUACCGUGGAAGCACUGAAAAUCAAAUUGGCCCAACACAAGGCCCAACGCGAACAAGAACGAAAAAAUUACGAAGAAGAACUCGAGAGGCAAAGGAAAGCACCUCUUCGAUAUGUUUAAAUCAUAGAAUCGUACAUUACAUAUGUACAUCAUCACCCCUCCCUCAUUAUCCUUUUAAUUGGAUUUUGGCAUUGUAAAUAACCACCAUAUAAUGACGCGCGCUCACUUCUUGUUGACAUC